AUGAAAGUUAAAAAAUAUAUAUAUAAAAUAUAUAAUUCCAACAUUAUUAAUUCAUUUACUAGUAGUAUAUGUGGAACAUUAGCUUCUGUAUUUUUUAAGAAAGCAUCUGAUUUAUCAUUUUUAAAAAAUAAUUUUGAUGUAAUUAAUGAAGAUUUUAUCAUUCAAAUUUUAUUAAGGAUCAUUUAUUUUUUUUUAUUUUUUUUUUUUAAUAUUUUAAUGAUUAAGUACUACCUCUUAUUAAUGAGGCAUUAUUCUGCUUUUUUCUCAACUGUAUUAAACUUUUCAUUUAAUUUUCUUUUAAGUGCUAUGUUUGGUAUAAUAUUUUUUAAUGAAAAAAGAAAUUUUUUUUGGUUAGUAGGACUAACACUUAUAAUUUCUGGAUUAGUACUUAUUAUGAAAGAUACAGAAUACGAAGAAAAGAAAGAUAUAUGA